AUUAGAUCUCAUUCUUGGUCUGCUUCAGAUACCAGCUUAGCAGAAGGACGCGUUGACCUAUCCAUAUAUAUAAAGAGUGAGAGAGGCCCUAUAUGAUAUCCUUGUCGGAGAUCGCCGGAGGAAUUUCACCGGUGGAUUUCGAAAUUUAAUUCCCGGUAUGAUCUGGCUUCCUUGCUCUCUCUUAUCAUUCAGUCCCAGAGAUGCAAUUGUAAAACAGAAAAAAUUAUUCUCUCAGUUUUGGUGUCGGUGGACGUGUGGUAGCGGCAAAAGGGACUCGAACUCGAAUUGAGCUGCUGAUAUAUAUAUAUAUAUAUAUAUAUAUAUAUAUAUAUAUAUAUAUGGCUUACAGGAGGAAACAGCAGGUGCCUAAGGUUUCUACCAUUACGAGUGAUUUUGAAAGUCCGCCACCACUUCCCGAUGAAAGUUCUUCUUCUUCAUCUGCUUCUUCCCUCGCUGCUAAGGCCAUAAGAGCAUCAUCGGCCUAUAUAGACUCUUCUCUUUCAUCCGCUUAUGGUCAGUCAGCUCUUUUAUCUCCUCGCGACUCUAAUCCUUCACGAUCUGCUGCUCCUCUUUCAACAGCGUACAAUGAUUCUUCUCUCCCCCCCUCUUAUGGUCAAUCAGCAGCUCUUUCAUCUCCUGGCGUACGAUUUUCUGCUCCGGUUUCAACUGCUAAGGAUUCGUCCAGCUAUGAGUAUACAUCAAUGAAAAACUUGAGUGAAUCCAAACAAGGGAUUUGGGGAGUAUUGGCUAGGAAAGCUAAAUCUAUUAUUGAUGAUAAUAAUACAGGGAAACCACAUGUAAGCGAAGUACGAACAAGGAUGAUGGAACAUAUGCCUGAUAGUGCAACCAUUGGUCAGCAAUAUGACAGAAAGCAGUUGCCUGAAAGCCAUAGAAAAGCUGAGGGCCAUAAACUACAGAAGGGAUUAGAUGCUCUUACAUCUUCCCUUAAUUAUAUUGGUGGGACCAUCGGGAAUGCUUUUGAGGAGGGUCUUACAGUUGUGGAGAAUCGAACCGCAGAUAUCAUUCAGGAAACCAAAAAGCUGCAAUUAAGGAAAAAAGAUAGCAGCUUUGUUCCGCAGAUUAAUGCUUCAAUGAGUGGUGCACGUCAGCAACAGCAUAUGCGGGCUCACAUGCAACCCCAGAUACAGACUGAUUUGGAAACUCAACUCAAGGCAUCUCGCGACGUUGCAAUGGCAAUGGCUGCAAAAGCAAAGCUUCUUCUUCGGGAGCUGAAGACUGUGAAAGCCGACCUGGCUUUUGCUAAAGAGCGUUGUGCGCAGCUUGAAGAAGAAAACAGAAUUCUUCGAGACAGUCGUGAGAAGGAUGGCAAUCCUGAAGAUGAUGAUUUGAUAAGGCUCCAGCUCGAGACACUUUUGGCAGAAAAGGCCAGGCUGGGUCAAGAGAACUCAGUCCUUACACGGGAGAAUCGUUUCUUGAGGGAGAUCGUUGAAUACCACCAACUCACUAUGCAGGAUGUUGUCUACCUCGAUGAAAAUAGUGAAGAGGUGACUGAAGUGUACCCCAUAAAGGUUAAGUCCACAAGUAACUAAGGAUAACGUAUCUCAUGCUGUGUCAUCCUUAGAGCCGAAGGAAGUUUUGUGUGAUGUCACCUCUCUGGGCUCUGUAAUCCAAAUUUCUGCUGAAGAUGAUUUAGGAAGACACUGAUUUCCAGUUGCUGAUCUUGUCCAAUCGAAAGUGUGAAUGGGUGUUCAGUUUGAUUUCUUUUGGUUGAAUCUGGCCAUCCCAAACUUAAUAUGUAUUGACCUUUCUUGUAUCAUUUUUUGGUUUAUUUUCUUGGUAGGAAAGGCUAUGAAUUGUGGCUCGUUUAGUUAUGCUGUACUCUUGCUGAUUUUCUCUGCAAUGAUGUGGAGGUUAUUCUACGAAUGUAUAUUAAUAUAUGAAGAAUUGAUAUUAUGUUUUUUUUUUUUUUUUUUUUGGUUUAAUUUGGGAUUUUAUUAAUUAACGAUGAAAAAAAAAUAAAAAAAUGUGUGUACACAAAUGGACCAACCCAUUCUAAGAAGUAUCUGCAAAUCAAAAACAAAUAAAUCAAGUAGGCCCAAUACUAAUAAAAAAGAGCCGACCGUCUUUUGCUUCUUACAAAACCCGAUAGAGUAGGGUUUCCUAUUACAUUUUUCUUCCGCCAUAUCUUCCAAAACCUGAGAAAUGUUGUCCUUGCCAUUGUUCAACCUUAACUUUAUCUUGAAAUUACUUUGCGUAAUCAAUACUCUACCUUGGAUCAUCUGGGAAUCAUCUCAAAUCAGCUAGAUCAACUUUCAAACUGUGCUCUCCAGUUUUGAGAAUUUUAAAUGUUUUUGGUGCUUCAUUGAGGGUUUGAGACCCCUGAGAGUAAAUAUACAUCCAAAUUGUUCAAACAGUUCUUCCUUCUCGUACUAGUACACCAGAUGGCAUCGAGAUUGUACAGAUUCAUUAGAGAUGGGAGUCGCUAGCCUACAAUUUGGAACAUUUGCACAGG